GCAGCAGGCUCGUCUGUACGGAAACUUUUGGAAGUGCUGCUAAAUGAAGAUACGAGAGCAAUCAGAUCUGGAGGAGGGCACCGGAUGAUCCUGGCCAAACAAGAACUGCGAGAAAUAGAGAAGUACAUCAACGAUGCUUCAUUCAUCGUAGCUACACGAGGGGUCAAGGAUCCUGCCGAGCUCAAGCUGCUCAGCGAAUGGAUAACCAAAGCCCAACUGGAUACUUUUUGCUUGGAAGAUCAGAUUGACAUGUAUGCAAUUCAGGGUAUCGACGAAUAUCAGUUAUAUGCUAUGAAGUCGGCUAUCGGGAAGUUGUCAAUCAAAGAAGUCACUAAGAAUAUCAAAACUCAUAUAGACAACAUGCCAAUUGAUCUGCAAAUCAUGGCUAAGGUUUCUGAAAUCUCCCAUUCCUUGCGAUAUUCUCAUCCUGUGUUGGCUGACACAAUGUUUGACAACGAAACUAGAAUGGUACAGGGUUUUUUGGCAAGUGACGAUGAUCGCCAGGUGCUCUUUAUCAUCGGAGGGCAGGGCUCGGGAAAGACAACCCUAAUGGAUAAGGUGUUUGAAGACUGUGAUGUCAAGAACAAAUUCAACCUAUGUUCCAGGGUGAAUGUAUCAGAGACUAGAGGUCUGGUUGGCUUACUGAAAGAGGUGCUGGAAGGAUCAACUGUUGACCCCGAUGCCAUUGAUGAGUUCGAGAUAAUGAAGACGAUCCAUGAUACCUUCAAGGACAAACGUUACUUGAUAGUGCUAGAUGAUGUCCAAGAUACUCGUGUAUUGUAUAGCCUUAUGCACGUCCUAAAAGACUCAAAGGGAAAGAUCAUCUGUCUGACAAGAGUAGAUGAUAUACAUGAGAAGCGUAAGGUUGUUCGUAUUGGCAAACUUAAAGAUGAUGAUGCACUCAGGUUAUUCAGGAGUGCAGUUUUCCCCGACUAUACUAGUACUGAUCUAGAAGGUGGAUUUCGUAAUGCUCUCAUAAGCCAUCCGUCGGGUCUACUUGCAAAAGAGUUGGUUCCGAUGGAGGAUAUGCUGAAAAACAUCCUGUCGAAAUGCCAGGGCAACCCUUGGAACUUACGGACAAUUGGGACGUUGCUUGGUGCCUAUUCUGGUGAGAAUGGUUACGAUUAUGAGAAAUGGGGGAAAAUCAAGGAGCGGGUUGAUGGUAUUCUAAUUGGUACCGAACGUGUUCCAACUAUAAAACUAGAGGAUGCCAAAUCACCUGGUGACAUUCGGCUUGGCUUCUUGUACUGCCUGGCUUUCCCAGAUAGCUCAGAAAUCCCAGAAAACGCUGGAAUCCCCAAGAGAAAGCUUAUCCGGCUGUGGAUGGCAGAAGGAUUCCUGCAAGAUAGCCUGCAUCAUAUCCAAGAGCAACAAGCAGAGGAACUUCUGGACGAACUCAUCAAGAGGAAACUGCUCGUGGUAAAGAAGAGGGCCGUCGAUGGCAAGGUGCUCAAGUACAGUGUCAAUGAGGGCAUCAGGACCCUGGCUUUAAACAUGUGCAAGUACCAGAAAUUCUGCCGAUUUUUGCCCGACAAUGGUGGUGAGGAAUCCCCACCCACCAGCAGGACAGAUACCUCUCCAACAUUGUCGUCCUUGAACAUUCUUCCCUGGAGGAACAGAGCAUUGUCAACCCGCUAUCGCAUGCUUGCCAUGCAUGGAGAUGGAGGUAUUAAAGAGGCAGCAACGGCACUUGGCAAAGAUAUCCGACUCCGCUCCCUGCUAUAUUUCAGAACUGGGAUGACAGCACGUCGGAAGCUUGAACUGUCAUUUCAGCGCAGAUACAAGCUUUUACGGACAUUGGAACUUCAGGGAGCCCAUCUUGACCGUCUACCAUCCAGCAUUGGGUACCUUGUUUGCUUGCGCUAUCUAGGCCUGCGGGGAACACAAUUGGAGUAUCUUCCUUCAUCUUGGCAGAGGCUCAAGAACUUGAUGUGCCUUGAUAUCAGGGACACAAACAUAACAAGACUGGAAGAUGUUUCGGCAUUUACAGAAAUGAGACAUCUCCUCCUUGCAAACUCUUUUCGUGACAAGUUUGUCCAUAUCUUAAACGGCCUAAAGUUCUUGAUUAAUCUGCAAACGUUGUCAGGUGCUAAACCCGGACUGUCUCCCAAUUUCGAACAGCAACUAUCAUGCCUCCAGUUCCUUAGGAAGCUGUCAAUUAAAAAGGCACCAAGCGAAUCCUCCGAAAGAGUGUGUCGUGCAAUCGGCAAGAUGGAGUUCCUUCAAUCACUGACCAUUACAUGUGACGGGGAGCAGUUUGGUGUAAGAUCUCUGAAAAUUGGAAAAAAUCUUCGUAAGCUAAAGCUGGGUGGUGAUAUGGGAGCACUCUGUGAUAGUCGCCUCUCAAUGAUGCAAUCCAUCACCUACCUCUAUCUCUGGGACAGCAAGUUGCAAGAUAACCCCUUACUUAGGCUGCAAGGUCUUCAGCACCUCCUCCUCCUCUCGUUAUACAACGCCUACACAGGGGAGGAACUGGGCUGUACAAAUGGCUACCAUAGACUGAAGAAAUUGUCUAUCAUCUCCAUGGAAAACCUGAAGGAGUGCAAAUUUGGCCCAGGAGCCUUGAAGAACCUCGAGGAGCUCGUGUUUGCUAAAUGUGGCAAACUCAAGAGCCCACCAGCAGGGCUUCGCGGUAUCCAGUCUCUUCGGGAGGUGCAUCUGGCUCAAAUGCUUCCCGAAUUCUACAAAGCGAUGGAAGAUAUUGUACCUCGUGACAUAAUUCGGGACGUCCCGAUGGACUUCCAUGAGUUUAGCAGAGCUACUAGUGAAGGAAGCCAGACCACAGCCAUCGAGCCCAUUGCCCCACCUGCUACUACUGAAGAGAACGAGAUCACCACCGACGGACCCAUGCCCGCACCUGCUACUAGUGAAGGAAGCCCAGCCACAAUCGCCAGGACUACUGUCGCUCCACCUGAUAGUGAAGGAAGAUAAAAAACACUGUCGUCGACCCCGUCACUCCGCGCAGGCUUGCACUUCAGUAAUCUCCGACCUACGGAUUUCCUCCCUGCUCAAGAUCUGGAGGUCUGCUGUUUCCUCAAAAAAAGAUCUGGAGGUCUGCUGCUGUCCUGAAUUCUGCUCGUCUACACGCCUUUGCAUCCCAUUAUGAAUAAAUAUUGUUUUCCUGAGCAAACUACUGUCCAUCUGAAUCAGUGUUGUCAUGAAAUUGAAACCAAAUAAUGAGCUGAUGGUGGAUUACAGCUAAGCUAUGCUUGACACUCUGUUGUUCAGUGUCAAAUGUGUGGAAGACUGAGUUUAUGCACAAUUGUAAUAUUUGAUUUCGUAAUUGUUUGUAUGGUUCG